CGUCUGUCCUUAUCCAGUUCCUGUUCCCGUCAAAAAACUUGGAAGUAGAAGUCCGCCUUAAGUUUCAUCUGACAAGAGCUACAUUUUCGAUUUCGUUUCUUUUAACUUGGUGUUACUUCUCACUUGGAUACAUAACACGUUUGCAUUGUCGACGCCAUGGAAAUUUCUCCAUCAUUAAGUCAGAUACAAGAUUCAAUGGCACUGUGGAAAAAUCUCUAGACGGUGUGACAAGAUCUGAAUGUGUUUUAUCGUGUCUAACAUGCGAUAGUUGCUCGUUUGUGAAUUAUCAUCCAACGAAUCUUGCGUGCGAGUUAAUGAAAGCUGAAGGAAAUGAAGUAUUAGAAGUUGGAUGGCAAUUUUUGUCAACAAAUUAUGGAACGAGAAAUAGGGGACCUGUUUGUCGAUCAUUCAGUCCAUGCGAACUUACAGAAGCAUGUGUUGAUACCUGCUUUGAAGACGAUCAAGUAGGAUACCAGUGCAUACCCAAUCAGUUUCAAAAAAUACCUACUUUGUCUAUGGCAGCAUUUCCGAUUCAUUCUUCAUACCCAUUAACGAACCUGCAAGAUGGGCAUGAUAGUACGUACGCUGGAACUUUCCAUGACAGCACAAGUCACUUUAGACUUGACUUCGGUAUGGUAAAAUUCAUUCGAUUUAUAACAAUUCGUUUGGUAACGACUGUCAGGGAAGCUGUGAUCACGGUUGAUGAUAAAUUCUGUUCAUGGGUACCAGAAGUAGCUGAUGUCAAUUUUGUUGUAGAAUGCAAUUCAUUGUUAUCAGGUCAACAAGUUGUCUUAACUCAUCUGUAUUCUUCGCAAGCGUUUUUGGUGAGCGAAAUGCAUUUUUACGGUGACGUUUAAAAGAAUCAAAUAAGAAACACAUCAUUAAUAAGUGCACUUCUUCUGUUUACUGAAAUCUUAAAGUUUUUUCUCAAAUUUCAUGGAACAGUAUAUUUUGUGAUUGGUUGUUUUGGUCUGUUAAAUAACAAGCAGAAGUAUUUUCCAUCUUUUGGUGAUGCCAGUACGUGCUGGGCGCAAGAACAAAUACUUUUAUUUAAUAUAAAGAAGAAUUAAAUUACUUUGAGGUGUACAGUUAUGUGUAUCGAUCAUUGCUACUGUAGAAACUUGAACUAUAGUUACUGCUUGAAGCUUGUCCAAAACAGAAGACCAUUGGUAGAACAAAUAUUGUAAAUAUAAAAUAUUUCUUAUGUAAGAUUUUUUGAAUAAAAAUUGCCUUAGCUUGAUUUUGAUCCUAAGUAUGCUACCACCCAAGAGAGUGUUCCGAAAAAUAGUGGAAAUAUAUCUGACAUAACUUUAGGCAAGUGAUGUAUACAAAACUUAAAAUAAAAACGAUUACACGUUUUUUGAGAAAUAAGUGCGGUUGCUUGCGUAAAUCAUUGUAUUUGUUAUACUCGGUAGUUUAUUGUCCCAUUCUAAUUUAUAAAUCUCUACAAAGUCACAGGAUGAGCUAAUGAUUCUUGGCGGUGUUCUUAUCGUUGGGUUGGUAGGGAGAAUGGUCAAGACAUUACUCGUGUUCACUUCUUAACUUGCAUAUAUUCUUCUUUAAAACUGGGGGAGGGAGAGGUCCCGUUGGAAAAAUUUGUCUAUAUUUAUUUGUAAAUAUUGUACUUCUUUUUAAAUGGUUAUCCUCUGUAAAUAUUCGUAAAUAAUAAUAAAGAAAAUAAUAAUAAUAAUAAGUAUGCUCAUCUAUAUUAUAA